AUGGAAAGGAUGAUGGAACUUGCUCGCAAUUUCAUCACGAGCUUGCGGCAGUGGUCGUACGCAGCCAUGCUGUCCCACCUAUGCAGUGUGCGCAACCUACAGGACGACAGCCUUCGGCCACAGGUAUCACCAAGUGAAGAUAGAUUGGCCGGGCUUGCGCCUGCCAACCUAGCAGAUGACAGACAGAAUUGCCAGGGAACAUUCAAUGAGUGUGGGCAAAACUUGAAGCCAACAGGCUCCGUUGUUUUCGUCCUAGGUGCUCCAGGUGCCGGCAAAGGUACUAGUACUCAGUGUACCUUCCUUGCUCAGCAAUUUGGGUUCCACCAUCUAUCGUACGGAGACUUUUGUAGGCGUCUUAAACAGGAGAAACAUCCCAUUGUUUCCAGGCUUGAUACAAAGCCGGGGUCGAACAAUCCCGCUGUGCCGGACGACCUGGGCGCCUGGCUGAUGUGGAAGGAAAUUCGCACAAAUCCCGGCCGCCGCUGGCUUGUAGACGGCUUUCCAAAAUGUGUCAAACACCUUGAAGAAUUCCUGAACCUGAUUCCAACUCCCUCACUCACCCUGAUUUUCGAAUGUCCACAAGACGUCUCACUCCAGCGGGUUGCCAAGCGCGGAAAAUUGGCUGGAGGGCAGGCAAGGCCCGAAGAUCUGAACCAAAACGUGUCAAGGAAGCGCAUCGAGGAUUCCCACAGCAAUAUGGCCCACAUUCUACAGGUCCUCGAGGACAGGAAGAUGAACUUCGUACUUAUCGACACCAAUCGAGCGGAGGAUCUGAUCCAAGACGAGUUGAGGCAAAUUAUAUCUGCGAAUGGUCUUGCGCGGUAG